UUUUGCAAUAAAAGGCGGGAGGAUGAAAGGACCAGACUUAUCUACUCAAAUAUGGAUGGGGAUAUAUACGAUCAGUUCAGGGAGGAUAUUGAUAGGAAGGUCCCAGGUGGAGUAAAAGCGGAAGCCCAAAGAAGGGUAGUUGCACGACAAGUGUCGCCUGCCACUUUCAGAUUAUGGCAGGAGAAGGAUGACCCGUCGAUAGGAGUAGAAGAAGAGGAAGGCGAUGAGGAGGUGACUCAAAGACUACAAGCGGGGGUCAUAAAGGAAGAGCCUAUAGUCAUAGAGUCAGACGAUGAGAGUGAGGGUGAAAAGGUUGAGCCAGUGUCUAUCCUUUUGGGAAAGAUGGAAGAUUUGUGGGAUAAAAUGGCGCGAUACCGGCAAAAAUUGACGGAUAUAUGUGAAGAGGUAGAGAGCUGGAAAGUUGGUAUCCCUAAGGUCUUCCUUUAUGAUUCAGGAACCCUAAAUCCGGCGGAAGGGGAACGUGUUGUGCCAGAAAGUCAGGAUGACGAGUUAGAAGAAGGGGAAAUCAAAGAGGCUUUCCGCGAAGAGGAGUGUGAUGGAAUCUACCUGGAACUGGGGUUUCUGCUAUCAUGUGAGAUAAAAAUCAGGGAUGCAAGCGAAAGGGUCCAGAGGAUGAGGCACCUCUAUCUGGUGAAAGAUUGUCAUUUCUUUGUAAAGAGGCACGUAGGGAACCCAAGAAGGGUCAUACGUGGAAGGAAUCGCAAGAUAGACGUGAUAGUUGCGCUCCACGAUGGCAUUGUAGGAGGACAUCGAGGGGUAAAUGCCACGUAUACUAAGAUAAGCGAGCUAUACUAUUGGGAUGGAAUGAUGAAGAUGGUAUCCAAGUCUGACUUUGCGAAGACAGCCAUGCCAAGAGGAGGGAGGGAGAUGCGGCCAUCGAGGAGACCAUCAGGGGCAUCAGGGGGACAUGAGCGGCAUGGAUCUUACCAGAGGGAGCAUACGCCAGAGUACGACGACGGGGACAUAGAGCUCUUUUUGGGCGAUUUUUGGAGUUAUGCGAGUCGCAGAAGAUGGACUGUAACCCGUAUGAUUAAGAGGUUGAGGGGAAGAGGACGCUUCGCAGAGCCCAUUGCGUGGAUCCGUGAGGAGGUGAGGACUUGGCAAGAGGUGGAACAGGCAAUGAAGAGGCUGAGACCUUCGCCGGUAGGAGCAGACGGGAAGCCGAUCCAUCUCCAGAUUGGGAAUGUGGAGGAGUUUAUCCUGGCCUUCGAGCAAUUUAUGCACAAGCAGGGUAUCUUGAGGGACCAAUGGAUGCAAACGCUGCCACUGUGGACAAGAGGAGCAAAGAGACCAUUGGCUCGAGAGAUCCGAGAUAGGGCUCGUGACUGGGAAGGUUGCAGGGCGCUAUUGAGGGAGGCCUUUCGAAGGCCCGAGCCAGUGCAACCUCAACCCAGGGUCGAGAGGCAGCAAAGGAGUAAGAGACAAAGGGAACCUGACCCUAGGGAGGCCGCCCCUAGUCGAAGAGGACGAAAGUCGCUGGCACGGCGAGACGAGGAACCCAACCCACCUGCGGAGGAGCGAGGCAUGUAUCCGGAGUGUGGAUUGGGCCCAGUGGCUUUUCAGCCUUUCACUGAAUGAAGGCUACAGGAGCCCCCACAACAAGUGUAAGAAGAGGUUGCACCGGCAGGGGGUUCUCUACAGAGCCUUGAAGCGCA